AGGCUUCCCCGGAAGCGCCCUGAACCUUCGGCCGGGAAGGAAGUGACGCACCGGCGUGCUGACGCGCGGGGUUCGUGCCGAGGCCCCGAUUCCGCGCCCGCCAUGGCCGACAAGAUGGACAUGUCCCUGGACGACAUCAUUAAACUCAACCGGAGCCAGCGGGGCGGACGCGGCGGGGGCCGGGGCCGAGGCCGGGCCGGGGUUCAGGGCGGCCGCGGCGGCGGGGGCGCGCAGGCGGCAGCCCGCGUGAGCCGAGGCGGGGGCCCCAUCCGGAAUAGGCCGGCCAUGGCCCGCGGAGGCGCUGGGGGCGGCGGCAGGAACCGACCCGCGCCCUACAGCCGACCAAAACAGCUUCCAGAUAAGUGGCAGCACGACCUGUUCGACAGUGGCUUUGGAGGCGGGGCCGGAGUUGAGACUGGUGGCAAAUUGCUGGUCUCCAAUCUGGAUUUUGGGGUCUCAGAUGCGGAUAUUCAGGAACUAUUUGCUGAAUUUGGAACUCUGAAAAAGGCAGCUGUACAUUAUGAUCGGUCUGGCCGAAGCUUAGGAACAGCAGAUGUUCACUUUGAGCGAAAAGCAGAUGCUCUGAAGGCCAUGAAACAAUAUAAUGGUGUCCCUUUGGAUGGUCGCCCUAUGAACAUUCAGCUUGUUACAUCACAGAUUGAUACACAACGAAGACCUGCACAGAGUGUAAAUAGAGGUGGAAUGACUAGAAACCGUGGCUCUGGAGGUUUCGGUGGUGGAGGUGGCACCCGGAGAGGCAGUCGUGGAGGCAAUCGAGGACGAGGCAGAGGGACUGGAAGAAAUUCGAAACAACAGCUUUCCGCAGAAGAACUAGAUGCACAAUUGGAUGCUUAUAAUGCCAGGAUGGAUACCAGUUAAACUAGCCAACAUAUUCCCUGCAUGGAACAGGACCCAGGAUUCUCAUUCUUUACCCUUUUUGCUGGAGGGCGGAGUAGAGGACUGUGGCUCUGCUAUCAAUGAUGGAUUUGUUUCUUUUAUGUUUCGAAAUAGGAUUUAAAACUCAUGUAAAGGUUUUUUUUUUUUUUUUAAAUUCUGAAACAGACCUGUUUUGUACCAAGUUAUUUUUGGGAUAAAUUUUACUGGUUGCUGUUGUGGAGAAGGUGGCGUUUUCACCUUUGCCAUAAUAAAAUAGAAAUGUGUGUAGAAGUGGAACUGUUUGCUUCAUCCCACUGCUAGUGGGCUGUGUACGUGGCGCAGAACUUUCAUGUCCGAGUUGGUAUGUUGCUGAGUAGACUAGAUGAAUAGCCCCCAUUGGGAUUGCUAUUUGGUCUUAACCAUGCCAUUUAAAAAUGGAAUCUUAUUUUGAGAACCCAAUUUCUGGCCUACAUGUGCACAAUGGGUUCUUAUGUGUUUAGAGGUGAAGUUCAAGAGGGUGGAUUGGUUAUGAAAAAAUGAUUGUACAUUUAUUCGACAAAAGAUAGUAUUGAAUAUACUUUUAUGUAGGGGAUAAAAGAGGUUUCCCAUCAACAUUUGGAACUGUGAAAAGUAUUUUGACAUUUGAUUGCUUUUUCUUCGUGCUCUGAAUCAAAUCUUAGAAUUUACUUUUUAAAAAAAAAUAUCUUGCAACAA